CAAUGCAAAAUUUGUGAUUAAUCAACUUUUAUAUUUCAAUUAAUAAACAGGGAAUUAAAAUGGCGUCAAAGUUAGGUUUGCUGAUGGUUUUAUGGGGUGUGGCACAGCUUGAAUCGGCCGUAAUCCCUAAAGAAACAUAUUAUACGUUUCUCGGAACGUAUGGAAGGUUGGGGAAGGGCGGGAAAUAUGAUGAAGUUGACUAUUACGUCACUUUUAAUUCGAAAGUCCCAAUUGACGCGGAACGCGAUUGUGAGGCCGUUUUUGCAGCACAUGGCGGAGGAUCGUUAGUUGAAUUUGGGGAUGUUGCUGAAAUGGACGCCGUAAAUAGAUGGUUGGACCAGUACGGGGCAGGUCUGCUUUAUUGGACGGGUGGCGUGUACGACGCCAUAGACGGAUACUACUGGAAGGAGAGCAAUGAAAUCAUGACCGCACCAGUUAUCCAGCACAUUCUGGUUACUUCGCCACCCAGGAAGGUGGACCAACUCGUAUUUUCCCACGAUUCUUCGAGACGAUAUCACAUGGAGCUCAGACCAAAUUCGAAUGCAGAAGCUUAUAUUUGUGAAGUUAAAAGACCAGAAAAAGCCAAGUGUGCCGUUACCGUGUUUUACACGGCGGUCACCUGGGGGCAAGCGAAGACUGUCUGUACCAACCAUGGAUUAAAAUUAGCCACCGUAGAAACUCAAGAGAAGUAUGACUGCAUUUUGGAAAGGAUCCGUUUAGCUGGAUUACCGGAUGACACGAACUAUUGGACGGCCGGGAACGAUUUGGGUCAUGAAGGUGACUUCUUAUGGGAUGGGGUUGGGACUCGGGUAGCACAGUUUUACCCGGCUGGUAAUGGUCAACCAGACAACAUGGGGGGACAUGAGAAUUGUGUCAGUGUGAGGAAGGUAUUUCCCGGCGCGGUGCAGAGCGCUCAUUGUAUGAACGAUGAGGUGUGCGACCUUAAGUUCGCGACGCUGUGUGAGUAGGAACGAUUUGUGAAAUUUAGUCCUUUGUCCAGAGUUUGUUAUAAUUGAUUAUUAUUGGAAAUAUUUUUGUUUGGAUUUAAUUUGUACCAAUUAGCAUUUUAUUGAGAAGCUUAUUAAUAAACAAUUAAUCAAUUUGACUAUAAA